UUGUGUGAGAUUGUUUGCGCUACCAACACACUAUCAUCCUCCUUUCGCGUACAAACAAGGGAAGAACGGCACACUCCAGUGCAAAGACAAGAUAUCUAUCAGCUUCCUGAUCCACUGUUGAGAGACAAUGAAGUACACCGCCUUCCACGAGCAGCGCUUCCGAGAUUCUGUCGACCAGGCUUUGAAGAAUGUCAAAACCAUUUUGGAUACGACCCGCAAUCCGCGUUUAGCGGCAGAGGAGUCGCACGCCUACGAUGACAAAUUUGCCUUGGCGGAGUUUUUGACCAACACCGCCGUGGCUUCGCAUAUGAAUGCACUGGAACGUCUCGGAUUGGAAUCGGAACAGCUACGAAAGGUUGCGUCGUGGGUGCAUGACGAUCAAAAGCCCGUCACGUUGCGAUUUCAAGCGCAGGAUUCGUGCACUUUUCUAAAGGAGCAGGAAGUCGCUAUUCCAUCGUCGAGCGAGUUUGAGACGACGUCUACAUCCACCCAAUCAUCGCCGUCGUCUGCCGGAUUCUUUAGCGGCGGAACAAAGACGGAAAAGACUUCGACGAGGGUCAUUCAAAAAUUGAAGGAAUACCAUUGGAAAGUUCGGGUUGCCUAUCGGAUUUUUCUUUUCUGCGCCAGUGAUCUAGACUCGUCGAUUGAGCUAAGCUCACGGGAAACGUCUACCAUAAUCGUUACUUCGGGCGGCCAAGCACGCCCGGGUGGAGCUUCCGUUUCAUCGGGUCGUCCCCUGCCUCCCAUUCGGGAUACAACUGCCCAUGCACCCGUGGACGUCAACAUGACUUGGUUCUUUCAGAUGUUGUCACCGAAGGAACGAAUUUGCCAGUUUUCUAUCGAUCGAACAUCCGAAAAAGCUGUCGGGACUUGCAAGACACCGCGUCGCAAUGACCAGGUUGACCAAGCCGUCCACUUUCAAAAGUCGUUCUUUGACUGGGCCGGCGCGACUCAGAAUUUCUUCACACAACGCGUAGAAAACGAAAUUGUUGGCAAACACCGACCUUUGGUGGACGCCAAGGAUGUCGACAUUCCCCAGCCGUUUCCCGCGGGAACGCGUUGCGUUAUACAUGGUUUACAAAAGGAACCUGCGUUCAACGGGAAAGUUGUAGUUGUUAUCGACUACGCUGUAGAGCAAGAACGCUACAAUGUGGCACGAGAAUCGAUCAAUUCGGGACUUCCCCCCAAGCUGCUUAUUAAACCGAAGAAUCUCAAGCCGGAACACAACGGAUCGACGCGAGCCGCUUUACUGGCUGACAUUUCUACCGAUGGAGUCUUUUGCCCCAUUUUGCCGCUCACGGAAGACGCAAAGGUCUUGUCGAUGGGAGACGUUGGUGAAUUUUUGGACGAGCAAGUUCGGUCCCUCAAUGAGAAGACGGAGAAUCUUUCAAAGAUGUUUCCACCGAGGCAACUGGUCAAGUUAACCUCAAUUGCGGAGGCCACGAUUGUAGUAAUGUGUCAGCAUAUCCGUGAUUUGAGCACACUGUACGGUGACGGAGUGGACUAUAUUGAAAACAUGAUCAAACAACAGCUCGUCGAGGCUAUUGGCAAGGAAGUUCAAAGCGAAGAUUUCGAUUUAUUUAUGAAGUUUCAUAAUCGAAAGCUGUACGGCCCGGAUUACGCUCCCAAACCCUUCACGUACGCUGUUCGGAGACCAAAUCGGUUCCCCGAAGGCGUGCUGACCAUUGAAAGUAUCCACGACAAACACGAACCGAUCGAGACUUUUGCGCGAAAGAUUGAAGGAAGUGCGAGCUCUCCCAUUUAUGUUCCGAUCAAUGCGGCGACGUCGAUUGAAAUUACCGGCGACCGUUACCUACAUGGAUGGAUGCAACACCGCUUCGAAGUUCAACCCAGGAACGGAUAUCAAUUGGCCGCUCGCGCUCGUCAGUUUUCGAGCUUUCUCGUGAUUGUGGGUACAAUGGCCGGGCCUAGCCAGUUUGAUCCAAAGGAGGCUAUCAUUCUUCAAAACAAGGAUGAAGUUCUUAUUCCUCUUUUGACUACUGUAUUGCCGACCGCAAAAGAGUUCAAAGACGCAAUCUCAUCUUUGUCGCCCGAACAAAAGGCGUUCGCUCAGGCGUAUCGGAGUAUGCAGUUGGAGUCCUCAGUUUUUGGUGUGUGUGUGAUUCAGCUAAAGGCUCAAUUGGAAAAGCUUUUGGGCCUAUGGGAUGGAGCUCUAACAAAGGAAAUUCAGUUGACGCAAGAUUUAAUGUCACUUUUUGUCGACUACCAAAUUCCAAGUGACUUGGUUUCGUUUGACGGUCCAAGCGAUAAAGAUCAAGACUUCAAACUUUUGGCGGUUAAAAAACACGUGAAGUCUGUAAAGGAUGUUGUGAUUGCGGAAAAGGAAAAACAAAUCGCGGAAGAGGCGCGAAAAGCAGAUAUGAGAGCUGAGAUGAAUUUUACCGGCGAGACCGAGCAAAUUGAGAACGGAAUGGAUCUACAUUAUGGCGAUGAGGGAACGAGGAUGCUUCGCUCUACUGAAGUAAGCUACCCAAUGGCCUCGAUGGCGAGUUGUGCCUCUGCGUCUCGCGCUCCUGAAGCGCUGAAGAAAACAAGGUCCAAAGGUGUCUAUGCUACCAGCAAGCGCACAAAUGCCUCGCUGCCAUCCCGGGCGCCUACUCCUUCCAUACCGUUAUCAACCGAGCCCGUCCAGCCUGGCAUGACAUCGCUUGCUCCAAGCAACACUUCAGUAACCGAGGAUUUCACGGUAGUCCCAAAGCUGCUCGAUUCAAAGAUUGAAAAGUAUGAUAACGAUGACGCUCUGCGCUCGACCAUCAUUAAAGCAGGGGCGGUAUGGACACGAGUUCGGCAGGAGAAUCUACUCACUUUUGCAAAGUUGUCGACCCUGGUGGGUCCCGUUGUCGAGGAUGAACGAAGAAAGGCUUUUGAUCUUUUGGACGCUAUUAGUCGAAGCGGAACCCUACCGAUUGACUGCGCAGAGCUGCACAUAAUUGUCGGCGUUGCUCACUGCUUCGAAAAUGACUGUAUGGGAACAAUCAUUCAGGAUAAUGUAAAUCCAAUCGAGAAGGUAGAAAAGUCAUCAUUGAUGAUCGCAGGUACAAUAUUUGGAGAGUCGACGAAGAAGCUCAUAGCGGACAAGACCCAACUCGAACGUGUUCAAAAUGUAUUUCCGCAAUUGCUUAGUUCCUAGCUCUCAAGCAAGGAAAGGUCUGCCGCAAAAAAUUGAAAACUUAGGACUGAUGUGAACGGUGCAGUCUAUCAAGCCCAGGUUUUCCCCACCGACAGAAAGAUUGGACUUUCACAUUUCGCCGCAAGCGUUAAAUUUUUCCUUUUCCAACGGAGCUUACAGUUAGUUGUCAACUGUAACAUAAAUUUCCCCGUAUUGAU